AUGCCUUUUGAGACUACUAAAGUCAAGUGUCAAAAGCUCUGCCCUUCCCUCUCCCAGUUCGCGUGCAUAAAGGGCAACUUGGACGUUGCUCUCAUUCUAUUGGACGCCGGUGCUGACCUGUACGCCACCAGCGAUGACAAGGGGAACGCGCUCGAGUACGCUCAAGAGUGGGGAACUGAAGAUAUGGUUGACUUUCUCCUGGUUCGUGCAGCCACAGAAAGCAAUAAAUAA